GAAAUGAAAAAUCGAGACAUCGUUGCAUGUCAUUGUCAACUACACCCAUAAGCUUAGUUUGACAGUUUAUUAUAACGUUUUAUUAGUUGUUAAUAAAUGCAGUACGUUAAAAGGCAUCUGUUAAUAAGUGUACUUUUAUAAAAACUUUACCACAAUAGAAUCAUGCUUGUUUUAGUAUUGGGAGAUCUGCACAUUCCACAUAGGUGUAGUAGUCUUCCAAGUAAAUUUAAAAAGCUUUUAGUACCAGGUAGAAUACAACAUAUAUUAUGUACAGGUAAUCUUUGUACAAAAGAAUCAUAUGAUUAUUUAAAAACGCUGGCCAGCGAUGUACAUGUAGUACGAGGAGAUUUUGACGAGAAUUUAAAUUAUCCAGAACAAAAGGUUGUUACCGUUGGACAAUUUAGAAUAGGAUUAUCACAUGGUCAUCAAGUUGUACCGUGGGGAGAUCCGGAAGCCUUAGCCUUGAUUCAAAGACAAUUGGAUGUUGAUAUUUUAAUAUCGGGUCAUACUCAUAAAUUUGAAGCUUAUGAGCAUGAAAAUAAAUUUUACAUUAAUCCUGGAUCAGCAACGGGAGCAUAUAAUCCCUUGGAUACAUCUGUCAUUCCAUCUUUUGUUUUAAUGGAUAUACAAAGUUCCACAGUUGUAACCUAUGUAUAUCAGUUAGUUGGAGAUGAUGUCAAAGUAGAGAGGAUCGAAUAUAAAAAGAGUUAAGUACUAUCUAUGAUUGUAUAAAAAUGAAUUAAUUAU